UCGGAGAUUACGUAAACUAUUCCAGCUCGUGACUGUCUUUGGUUGAUUAUCGCCAUUUUAUAUUGUCCUUUUUGAGUGAAUUAAUGCGAGGACGACAAAGAUAGUGUGCGUGUGGUGUGUGUUCGGUGUAACAAAGACGUGUUGUUAAUGGUGUAGCAAACAAUUUAGGCCAAAAACAAUUUAGAAAAUGAAAAAUUUUGUGUUUUGUGUUACCUUGAAUUUUCUAUUUUUCAUCAGCUCCGUAUUUUCAAUUCAACUAGCGGCUAAAGAAAAAACUGUAAUAUUUACACCAAAACAUCAGUUUACGAUAUCUUGUAAUGUAUCCGAAGCAGAGGGAACACCAGAGAUCAUAUGGACGAGAAAUGAUGUCGAGGUAACGAAGAUAGAUGCCCUUAAAAAUGUAAAAUCAUCUUAUAGUAAAGAAAAAAGUCAGGUCACAUUGACACUGUCAGACCCAAAAGAUGAUUUUGCUGGUAACUAUAAGUGUGUUGCAAAUCCCGGCAAGCCAGACGAAGUAUAUGCUGAAAUUAGAGUGACAAGGGCGGUACUUGUCAAAGUACCCGCAAACAUCAACGUAGUUGAAGAAGAGAAAUUAAGAAUACAGUGCAAAGUUUUAGGUGAUGCAAAGUUAUCAUGGACGUUCAAUAAUCAAACCUACAACAUUUCUGAAGGCCGCGUUACUCUUGAGAAUUACACCGAAGAUGGUAAAGUCGUGGUAAAUGGAAUGUUUAUAGUAGAAGGCAUAACAAAGGACGACCGAGGAAUAGUCACAUGCAUAGGGGGCGUGGACGCCGCUACUAACAAAUCAAUCCAAUCUGAAUGUAUGGUUAGGAUUAAAGAUAAAUAUGCCGCCCUUUGGCCUUUCUUAGGAAUAUGCGCCGAAGUUAUCAUUUUAUGUGCCAUUAUUAUAGUAUAUGAGAAGAAACGUAAUAAGACCGAACUCGAAGAAAGUGAUACAGACCAAAGUCCAGACCAAAAGAAUACACCAGACCACGGGAAAGAUGCAAACCUAAGGCACAGACAGUGAAGAACUAGACAAGAGGUAAAAAGCAGUACAGCAUAAUAAAAUAGAAUAUAAAGUUAAGAACUAUAUAGAAGUUAAACAGUUAUAUUCGUCAUGUGUAGUUGGGACUAUUCGCCUCAACAACAUUUCGCUCGAAGGUGUUUGGAGGUACUGUACAAAAAAACUAAAAUUUAGGUUAGGUUUAAAUUGUUAAAAAGCCUUCCCACUGGUUUGCCUUAGAUAACAGCCUUUUUAUUGUAGGUUAAAUAUGCAUGUUGUUUUCUAUUUUUGAAGAAGUUUUCCGUUACUUAUAAUUUUUAGUACUUAAAAUAUGUAGAUAUUGUAAAAUCAUUGUUAUGCAACUAAAUGGGCUGAUAUUUAACGUGAACAAAAUGUCAUACCAUUGUAUAUAUUUAUAACAUAAGAAUAAAGAGAAAAUGUACACUCCUGUUCAUAUAUUAUUGCAUUGUUAAAAAAAAAAUUAAGUUUUUAUUUGUGGACUGUUUUUUCAUUUAUAUGUCAUCGUUUUUUCGAUUUUUGUGAUAAUGGAUACAGAUGAAAAAGUACUUCAUAUGAUCCACGAAUUUUUCUGGAGACGUACUCGGUUCAUUCGAUAAAUAAGAAUAGAAUAUAUUAUAUAAUAUUGCACUCUAUGUCUUUCUGAUCGGUACUUGUAGAUUUCAGCUAAAUAGAGCUGCCUCAAUUUCACUGCUCAGCGCUUCUCUUUUUGUCCAGUUUCAUGUGACAACCACAACGUUUUGUGGCAAGAUUCCAAAGUUUAAGGUUAUUUGAGGGCAAUAGGGAACUUGCAUAAAAUUUUAAAUUCGAAAAAAAUGCUAUAAAUCACAACAAAACAUAAUUUAAAAUAUAUAUCAAAGAAAAAAAAAGUUGUUUCUGUCUUUAGUUUGGCCUCUAAAGACGAUUAAAAUCGAGAGAUAAUUCAAAUUAUAGCAGCCAGUCCAAAACACACCCUCAUUGGUCCUGACGUCAUAUCAUUAUAAUGUUUGAGGUCCGCGCCAUUAAUUCAUUAUGUUUGAUAUUCGUUUACUUGUUGUAAUCAUUUUAUGGUAUAUCUCAGUUUUAUAAAUCUUUAAAUAGUUGCUGUGAACUAAAUAUUUCAUAAUAUUUGAGAGUUUUUGUUAAGACGUUCUUUUUAAAAUGACCGGAGAGGAUUUUUCUAAAGGGCAGUAUGAUAACUUACCCAUCAUGAAGAUAAAUCUCUAUUAUUAUUAGUUUAUUUUAAUUUUAUAGUAAAAAUAAUUCCAGAAAAAUAUUGUAUAGGCAAAUAUCAUUCAAUCUGUAAUGUACACCUACCAAAAUAUACCAAAAGUUAUAUUUUCUUAUGUUCAAAAUACACUUGAUUUAUUAAACAAAAAACUGUUAAGCAGGCAGCAGAUAUUAAAUAAUUACAUUAAAAAAGAUGAUUUCACAUAGAAAACUUUGUUGUACUAAACGACACUUGCAGUGUUUGCUUUUAGGACAUUUUCCAUGGUAACAACACUACAACACACACAUUUCAAUACUGUCUCUUCAAAAACUGUAUUAAACUCAUAAGUAAACAAAAUGGAAAUAAUUUUUUAUGAGACAUGAGAAAUGCCAUUAAAAAUAUAUUAUGAUACGACGUCACAAGGGGUCGCGCGCUUUUUCGAUCGUUUGAAAUGAUUUAAAUACACAGAAGAUUUCAAAAUUUGUACUUCUUUAUGAGGUUUUGAUGCGUGAAAUUUUGGAAAUCUUAUUUUUAAACGAAACUGAACAUUACUAUGUAAUAAAACAAAAAUGUGCAAGUUCCCUAUUAGACACUGUCUCGACCAACACAAAUUUUUAAAAUUCUAAACUUUACAAAAGUUCGUAAACAAACAACUUAUAUUUGUCCUAAAAAUCCAUAAAACAAUCAUUGGAAGAUUUUUAAACUUGAGUGUGGUGGUAUUAUAAGCAGAUAUAACACAUAUAAGACAAAGCUAUUAAUUUAAUUUUAAAGUUUUUGGGGGAAAUUAAGAAAUUAUUUUUUUUCCCGAAUGCUUCUUUAAGCAGCUACAGUAUUUUUUAUUUUUAAAUAUACUUACAAUUUAGUACAACCUCAUAAUAGAUAUUUUGCAUCAAACAUUUGUACACUUGUAACAAAACAAGAUUUUACCAAACUGAUUUUAGUUGGAGACAUUCUUUGGAAAUCUUAAUUCUUCAAUAACAUUUCAGAAACAUUUUAUAUGGUUAAUGUAAAUAGAUAACUUUUAGAUGAAACAAAAGUAACUAUAUAUACAACCAAAGAUCUACAAUUUACUUAAACAGAAAAUUCGUGGAAUAGACGUGAAUUUGACACAUAAGAUCCACUGCUUGUCUUAACCGUUUAUAUUUUUACAAGAGGUGUUGGUGGGAUAGGGUUUUCUUUCCUAAUUUUGCUCCUUUAUGAACUAAGAGGAAAAGACGUUCUUUGUUUUUAUUAUUUUUAGUUUUUCUGAGUAUCCUAACACCUCUCCAAAGUUAUGUGACACAUAAUAUAUGUGUAUGACCGAUCGUUUUCAAUCAUUAGUUUGCAUUUCAUAAAUAAAUAUAGUGUGCAUUCCGACUUUUUCUGUGCAAGUUUUGCACGAGUUCUAAGGUGAGGAAUUCUGAGGGUUGGGCUCUUGCAAAAAAGGACGAAAAUGACUUCAAUCUGUCAUACCUCGACUCUACUUGCCAAAUUUUUGGUCCAAAUUUUUAAGCAGUCACUAUUCCACAAUUUCAAUGUAUACAAAAAAAUUCAAGAAAUUACCGUUAUUUUAGUAGUGUGCUCCUAAUAAAUAUUCAGAUACUUUAAAGUUUGAAGUGUCAAUGCUUAUAUAGUCGAGACAUCUUAGUCCCUCUUUUUCCAGCUUCUUUUUCAGAUAGCUUGCGCUCUGUAGAUCACUGAUGGAUAGUAGAGGAUAUACAAUCGAAGCGACAUAAUAUAUAAGAACCUUUGAAUGUAACUAUUAAAACAUCCGCUAUAUCUAUUUUUGGAAAAUUAAGUGUAACAUGAUGCAGUAGAGUUCAUUUGAAACUUUUUUUAAAACAAAUAGUCUUAACAUGUAUUUGUCAACUGAUACAAUUCCAAAAUAUUUAGCUUUUUAACAUUCCCAUCAAUUCCGCUUAACGGAAUAUUAAGAAUAUAUUCAAAGCUGUUUGCUAUAACAUACAUAAGUAGUAGUAAAUCAUCCAGAAAACGUUAACCAAGACGAUCUUAUUGGUAGAAAGAAAUCUAGAGUUUUUAUUUUAAGGCUAAUUUGCAGUUUUAAAAAAUAUGCGCGUGGAAAAUCCAUUCUCUUAAAUGUAGAUGUAUAUUAUAUGAGGCCUUUAUCAUUAUAUAUUAACAGUCCUGUUCACACCUCAUCUGGGUGUUAGUUUUCGCAUUACUUUUCAUUCAUACACCUUUGCAUAUAUAUUAUUUUGUGAAUAUUUCUUUUUAUUUUGUUUAUUUCACUGUUACUAUAUAAUUUUAGUUUAUGUCAAUAUUAUUUAAUAAAUUUUUUAAAAUUA